AUGUCAAUACGUUCAGAUGUUCUGGCAGAGUUAUCCUCGGAUGGUCGUUCAGCGGUCAUUGUUGAUCGUGCCAAUUAUCCGGAUGAUCGAUCACAAUGGGUACCAAAGCACCAAGGUCCAAAUGUCUUUCCCAACUUCUUCCUGUUUGGCCGACUGUUGCGUUGGGCUUACAGACCCCAUCUCGUUGCCGUGAAGGAUAUCACGUUCGGGUAUACAGCCGACUACACUCAACUCUUGACGGAUGUCCUCCAUCUUCGAAAUGUGUUGAGACAGACGCUGCCGGGUGAUGUUGUCCAGAAGAUCGAUAGAGAUGAAGAGGUCUUCAUUAACCUCCUUGGUCCGGGCGGCUAUGAAUUUGUGGUGGGCUUUUUUGCCUUGAUGGCGCUGGGUGCCGUCAUAGUACCCAUUUCCCCUGAUCUUCCGACCAAGGAAGCAACAUACUAUGCUAUCAAAGCAAGGUCUUCAGCAGUCCUUGUUGCACAGCGUAGCGUGCAGCUGGCCAAAGACCUCGAAUCCGCGGUUCGCAAGCAGCAGAAUGAUGGUUUUUGCGCCAUUCAGAUCACUCCCCAUAUCAUGCAGAAGCCUUUGGACCCAAGCCAAAUUCAAAUCUCUUCUGAUCUAUAUUUUGACCUGAACAAGUCAGGCUUGGUUAUUUUCACGUCGGGUACCAGCGGGCCCCCUAAAGGCGGGGUCAAGCGAAGAGGGUUCUUCUACGACGUGGCGGCUUCUUUCAGUGACCAACAUGGUAUCAAGGAAGGGGAUAUGGUAUUACAUGUGCUGCCUGUACAUCACGCGACGGGAGUGACUGUUACUUUGAUUCCCUUCCUAUACUGUGGAGGGUGUAUUGAGUUCCGAAGCGGUGGGUUCAACGUCGAAUGGACGUGGGAGCGGAUUCGGCAAGGGGGUCUAGCCUUCUUCUCGGGAGUGCCGACCAUCUACAUGCGCUUGAUGGCAUACUAUGAACAGCGACUGUUAAAACUACCACCACAGCAUUUGGAGGAAUACGUUCAAGGCGUGAACGAAAUCAGGGCUCUGCUGUGCGGCACUUCGGCAUUGCCACGACCAUUACAGCAGAAGUGGACGAAAUUGAGAGGAGGGAGAGCGAUAUUAACACGCUAUGGAGGUACAGAAUUCGGAAAUGCCUUUACGGUAACGCCGCGAUCAGAAGGCGUACCAGAUGGCUCUGUAGGAGAGAAGGCGCCCGGAGUUGACCUUAAACUUUCCAACGGUGACGAAGGAGAAGUGCUCAUGCGAAGCCCAAUCCUCUUUUCAAAGUACUUGUUUGACAGGGAAGCGACGAGAAACGCUUUGGAUGCUGAUGGGUAUUUCAAGACUGGCGACAUCGCCCGCCGGGAAGGGAAGUACUACUUCAUCCUGGGUCGAGCUUCCAUCGACAUCAUCAAAAGUGGUGGCUACAAAAUCUCCGCCUUAGAUAUCGAACGAGAACUUCUAGGUCUUGAUUACGUUGCCGAAGCAAUGGUAGUCGGAGUUGAAGAUGAGGAGUUUGGUCAAAGGGUUGCUGCCGCCCUAGUCCUGCAGCCAGAUGCACCCCGGAACUUGACCUUAGAAAGGGUUAGGCACGACUUGAGAGACACGCUGGCUGGAUACAAGAUGCCAACACUCCUGCGCGUCGUGGACGAGCUCAAGAAAAACGCUACAGGAAAGGUUAUCAAGAAAGUGCUUGUCAAAGAACUGUUUCCUGCAGAAGGACAUCCCAACAUACAACGCUGGGACUCCAGAAAGCGGGAGAGCAAGAUUUGA